UUGUGUUGCAUAAAAAAAAUAAGUUAAAUAAAUUAUAAUUAUAUUUCUUUAAAUAAUUUAAUUUAUUAAAUCGCUAUAUUUAUUUAUUAUUAUUACUUUUUUUUUACAUAAAUAUAACAUCUUUAUAGAUGUUCUUAAGAAAAUGGCGGUAACGCGGCACGUGCCAAGAACACGUGCCAAAAAGCCCAACGUCCCCAACGGCUAGUUGCUAUAAAACGGCUAGUUCUUUUUCACAUCUUCUCUCACCUUCCUCGGACCUUGUUCUCAAUCAUCACACCUCUUUCUCUAGUUUCUUAAUUUUCUCUCACAUUCGCACUAAGGAUCAUUCCACUUCAUAGAAAACAGGUUCUUUUUAAUUUUUAUCACUGGAACCUCACUUUCUUGAAAAUUCGAGGAAAGGGUUUAAAGAAUAUCGAAAAUGUGGUCCAACCACAAGAAUAAUAUCCCGGCGAGGGGCUUUUCGACGCCACCGGCGUCAUGGAAGUCGCCGCAUUGUCCGGCUGUUAUGCCCAUGUCCGAGAGGAAGAGUGUGUCAUCUGGGUGCAAACGUGAUCUCUUCCACGUUAUUCAUAAAGUGCCUGCUGGUGAUUCUCCCUACGUCAGGGCCAAACACGUUCAGUUGAUAGAGAAGGAUCCAAGCAGGGCUGUUUCCUUGUUCUGGGCUGCUAUAAAUUCUGGGGAUCGGAUUGAUAGUGCCUUGAAAGACAUGGCAGUGGUGAUGAAACAGUUGAAUCGAUCUGAUGAAGCAAUUGAGGCAAUCAAAUCUUUUCGUCAUCUCUGCCCUUAUGAUUCUCAGGAAUCUUUGGAUAAUGUGCUAGUUGAACUCUACAAGAGGUCUGGAAGAAUUGAUGAGGAGAUUGAAAUGCUUCAACGCAAACUGAAGAACAUAGAAGAAGGUAUAGCUUUCGGUGGGAAGAGGACAAAGACUGCAAGAUCUCAAGGGAAGAAGAUUCAAAUAACUGUUGAACAAGAAAGAUCAAGGAUAUUAGGGAAUUUGGCCUGGGCUUACUUGCAGCAUCAUGAUUAUGGUUUGGCUGAACAGCAUUACAGGAAAGCUCUGUCUUUGGAGCCAGAUAAGAACAAGCAGUGCAACUUGGCAAUCUGCUUGAUGCACAUGAACAGAAUUCCUGAAGCAAAAUCUCUGAUUCAGGCCAUAAGUGACUCCUGUGGAAGCAGACAGAUGGACGAUUCCUAUGCUAAAUCCUUCGAGCGUGCUGUUGAGAUGCUGACUGAAUUAGAGUCAAAAUCAAUGUUAAAACCAACUGAAGAGGACAAAGAGAACCAAAGAUCUUUGACAUCGCCUAUCACCAGAAAGCUGAAAGAAGUUACUAGCUCUACUGAAGGAGGUCGUGGUUACGUUUCUGGUUUCAUGGACUCCAGAAGGUGGACAGAUGGACAGAUUAUUGAACCUUUGCUAUCAGAUAACCAUAAUAGAGGAUCUUAUUUUGGAAUCCACCCUGAGAACCAGGGAAACUUCUUUGAAUUUAAUAACAGGAGUUCAAAAUGCUUAUCAUCUGGACUGACAGGUAGUUCAUUGUCUUCUCAACAAAAUGGAGUUGACAGUGAAUGGAGGAAAGGUCAUUAUUUUGAAAGCCCGGGUGAAAGGUCUACCUUUUCCAACAAAAUGAAAGAAAAUUCAAUUGGUUCCAGUGGAAAAGGACUAGGUUCAGCAAACAAGAAAAUGCUAGAUUCCCCUGCAGCUGUUCUAUAUACGCAACCAAAAAGAGUUUCGGGGAGGUUUGCUGAAGGAGAACAGAGAAGGGUAGGAUGGGAAGAGUAUACAGUUGAGAAACCAUCCGAAAAUUUGUUAGCUUGUAGUUGUACUGUCCAGAAUCUUGAUGGAGAACUAGAUUCAACAGAUGAGAAUUCAGAAGCUGAACUAUCAAAGUCAAGGACAGAGGUUGCCCAUGGGAAGAUCACAGGAGUAACAGUGCUACAUCAGUUUUCACAACCCAGGAUAAGGACCUUUAGUGGAUAUGAUGACACCCAUGUGAAAGAUAAAAAUGUGAUCAAGUCUGAUUCACAGCAGGCAAGCUGGAGAAGGAAUGCCAUGGAAAGUGGUAGCCAGAUGGGAUCUACAGAUGAAGAAACUGAUGUAACAGUGCUGCAUCAGUUUUCACAACCCAGGAUAAGGACCUUUAGUGGAUAUGAUGACACCCAUGUGAAAGAUAAAAAUGUGAUAAAGUCUGAUUCACAGCAGGCAAGCUGGAGAAGGAAUGCCAUCGAAAGUGGUAGCCAGAUGGGAUCUACAGAUGAAGAAAGUGAUAUCAGUCCUAAAUUUCACCUGGAGCAAACCAUAGUUGUUGAUGAUGCAAGAAGACAAUCAGAAACUUCCAUUGAUGGCAAAUGGGGUCAGAGUUUUGGUAUGAAUGAUUCUGGAAAGGUGAGUCUUGGAAAGAACAGCUCAACCAAAUCUGCUAAUAAAAGUUGGGCAGAUAUGGUUGAAGAAGAAGAAGAGAAAUUAUUAACUGGAAAAGAUCUGAGCCCUUAUUUUGAUGAUGAUUGGAAUUAUGAAGAAGAAUCUAAUGAUGAAAAUCAGGAUUCCAAUAUAGUUCAUCAAACUACUUGUCCUAAGAGUCCAGUAGAAGCUAUAAACCAAAAGUUGGAAGCAUUUGAUCUGAAGGAUGGCUACGAUACAUUCAGCAAUGCUGUUUCACCAAGGAAUCCAACAGUGCGGCGAUCUUUAUGUUUUGAUGGCAAGAAUGGCUUCAAUAUGAGGAAGAAACACAGGUUGCAGGUUUUCAGGGACAUAACCCCUUCUCCGGAUAGCCCAUGAGCUUGGAGAUAAGGCUCAACUCCUCAAUAUCCUGUGAAUAGAACUAAUGCGUUUGGAAUCAGUUUUGAGUAGAGGGUCCUACUCUUUCUUCUACAUCAUAUUCUUGCCUGGUGAGAGAGUCCCUGUUGUCAAGCCUUGUAUGUAUAUUCAAUAUUCAUCACUUAGUAAUUAGUACAUUGUAAAAAAGAGAGGUUUGUCAUUGAAAUUAUAUGAUACGAUUGUGUUUCAUUGAUUCAA